UGGUCUGGUUCUAGGACAGCAUACACGAGUCACCACUUGGUCACUGGACAGGUAACCGAUUAAUACUGUGGACCUCGGCUUUUUUACAGAAUACUCAUAUUCUUUGAACUAUAUACCUACGGGUAUUUGUCCGACGUACUAGGUAUUAGCCUUGAGAAUCGGGCCUUCGAGUUACGUUUGCAAUCUGGCGAACAAACUCUUUUGAUCUCCUAAGCAACCACGCAUUGUUACAUCUUCUCUCACCAUUUAAUCAAUUAUUUACUCCAGAUCGGUCUUACCUGGCGAUUUUCAAACCCAAAUUUCAGUCUUCAGUCUUCAUACGUCCGCCUGUUCACAAGACAUCCGGAGUUAAUUGGCUCUGGACCCUCCCAAUGUCGACAACGAUCCUUAGUACUCACCCGAGGCUUCUAACAGAGUUGGAUCUAAAGAUCAUGAGCGUAUCCCAACAUUCGCUGGAUUUUUGCCAAGCGAACGGUUCGGUGGUAUUAGGGGGUAACAAGAGCAUCGGUGACGAUGUACUUCAGGCGCUAGAAGUUGCGCGAGACAGCCCAGAAGCCGCUGGCCACGGAGCCAUUGGUGACCUGCUCGAAUCGACCCUCGCCAGCAUCUGGAACAAGAUAUUGGCAGAUGAAUCCAAGUAUAUUAUGUCGAGGGAUGAAUUCGCCAUCUUCAACUUUUUCCAGGACCGGUUUCGAAACAACCCGAUAGCAAUGACGGCGCGUAAGCGGUACUGGGACAAUCUAAGUGUCCCCUGACUUAGCUGAGAAAGC